AUGGAGGGGUUCCAACGAAAGGAGCUCGUCACGUCGCGCUCGCUCAAAUAUACGUAUUUUGUCUCCUCUGACGGUGAAUCAACCGAGACGAUUCCUGCACUAUUUUUUAUUCAUGGAUUUCCCGACUCGGCGUAUCUCUGGAAUGAUGUGAUCGCCAAUUUUGGAAGCCUGCCAAACAAGAUAAUAGUCCCCGACUGCCUAGGGUAUGCUGGCACUGACAAGCCUGAGGAUACCAGACUAUACUCCUAUGACGGUCAGGCGGAUGAUCUAGAGGACAUUCUCAAGAACGAGAAUGUGAAACAUACAGUUAUCAUCGGACAUGACUGGGGGAGUGUUAUCACCCAACGAACCUAUCUCCACAAGAGACACCUCUUCAGGGGUGUGAUCCUCGUCAAUACGGGCUAUAUGGUUCCAUCCGAUAAGCCAUUUAAUCUCGCGGCCGCCAACAAAAUCUCCCAAGAAGGGCUAGGAUACCCUCAAUUUGCAUACUGGGAAUUCUUUUUGGCCGCUGACGCUGCCGAGAUUCUGGACGGGAAUCUAGAGAGAAUCUGGCAAGUCAUGCAUGGAGAUGUUGAGCACUGGAUGCAAAAGUUAUUCUGUGUGACCGGUGCGAUGCGUAACUUUAUAAUAGGCAACAAGCAAGUCCCAUUGAAAGAAUAUGCGAACAAACUCCAUUGGAAAGGUCAUUUUCUCCACCAGUUCAAGACUGAUGGGUUCGCGUCCGCCUUGCAGAUGUACAAAGCUACUGCGUUCAACAUACAGCUCAAGUCAGACUCCGCCAUCGCCAGUGGAAGUUUGAAAGUCGACGUGCCAAUUCUAUUCGUCGCCUGCACCGACGAUGCUGUCUGUGUGCCAGAUAUGAUGACUCCAGCCAAGGAGCAAGGUCUUGUGCCCAAGCUAAAGCAAGUUACAAUUGAUGCCGGGCACUGGUUGCCAAUGGAGAAACCAGCCGAACUUGCAUUCCACAUUAAAGAAUUUUUGGCUGGGAUAGGCUCCUCUAAUUGA